AUGGCUACUGAAGCAGAUUUCGAACGCAUUGGCAACUACGCACGCAUGUACAACAAAGACCAAGGCAUCGAUCGCCAUUUAUGCACGCGUACAACAGAGAUGAAAGUGCUCGUACUGAGCAUUAGUCGCACGGGAACAUUGAGCAUGCAAUCAGCUCUUUCAACACUAGGGCUUGCCAACCCCUACCACCUCUCGUCCAUGUAUGACAACAUCGGCGACACCACAAUGUGGCUCGAAGCCUUCGACGCCCAGUUUCGCGGCAUCGGAACCUUUGAGCGCGAGCAAUGGGACGCACUGCUUGGCCACUGCGGCGCCGUCACAGACAUGCCGGCCAACAUCUUCGGACCCGAACUCGCGGCUGCUUAUCCGGACGCCAAGAUCAUUCUCACAGAGCGCGAUGUCGAUAAAUGA